AUGGCGGAUCUAAAAGGCAGUGCACUGGUUAUUUUGGCCGAAGGUGCUGAAGAAAUGGAAGCAGUGAUCACCACAGACGUGCUUCGACGUGGGAAGGUAUCUUGGCGUAUGUAACCGCUUCUAAUAAGUUUGUAGGUGUGAUAUUUAUGAAAAAUGAGAAUGCAGUUCAUGAAGUACACACCUCAAAGUAUUGCCAAACAUAUAAGCUUAAUUAUUUGCAAGCUUAAUUAGGAAGACCUCAGAUAACAACAUAUAUGCCAACUGUCCCGGAUUAUCCGGAAGUCUCUCGGAUAUGGCACCGAUCUCCCACUAUCCCGUAUGGGUUACCAAAUCUCCCGGAUAAAAUCAUCUUUUGCGCUUUUCUGUGCUUUAGUUUGAGAGUUAGCCUAUUUCCCUCUCCAAAUUUGAAUUUUUUUUAUUCGUAGUAGGGUUUCAGGGGCAGUAUGCACUGAAAAAGAUUAUUUUGGCAUCAAAACGAUGAACGUGAAUUUUUAUAGUAUGUAACGUCAUGUAAGACUUCAAAUAAUGUCCAUAGCCAUUCCCAUUGGGGACUGGGUCAAUUUGUUGGGGGUCCGUUGAAAUUCGGGGGAUGGGGGGUAGUGAAAAAGAGACAGUCUCCAGAUUUUAGAUCUCCAGAGAUUGGCAUCGCAUCUCUGUAACAAUGACCUCAACCAGGUUGACGUCCAGCAAUUUUAGUGACAACAAGGGAUUGGGUGGGGUGUUCAGUCUCGUGGACUCAUAAAACCUGGUCAUGGUCAUUCUUAUUUAAGGAUUUUCACUUAGUUAAUUAAACUUACUUGAUUUAUCCGAUCCAGCCACCCAAAAGGUGGAUAUCACCAAAAACCAAAGAAAUCUCUAUCUGCUGGAUAGUUUAGUUGGUUUCCCUAAUACUUAUCUACUGGAUAGUGAUUUAUCCGGUGGAUAGCGCUUUCCAGGGUUUUAGGGGUAUCCAGUAGCUUUUGAAUGACUGCCAACUGUGCCCAGCAGUGAGUGGGUUGGUGGGUUGGUAGGUGUGGCUCUUUGGAUGCAAAAAAAGGACGGUAUUUAGGGGUCGGACUUCUGAGUACAGUUAUUUCUCUUUUAGUUCAUGUCCUAUUGAUUGUCAGUUUUAUGUGAAAUUCACACAGCUUGAUGCAAGAAUGUUUAAAUAUAGCAUAUAUUUGAAUAUUUGUAAUGUAGUUGUUACAUAUUAAAGUUUUAAUUAACUUAACAAGUUAAAGAGUAUUUAUCAGAACGGUUUUAAUUUGUAGAUUUUGUUUCAGGUUAAGACAGUGGUUGGAGGUCUUGCUGGUGCAGAUCCUGUCACAUGCAGUCGAUAUGUUGUGGUCAAACCAGAUAUGAGUUUAGAGGAUGCCAUUAAGCAGGUAGGAGGUAACAUGUAAAAAAAGGAAAAUUUGUCUUCUUUCUUAGAAAAGGAGUCCCUUAGAAGUUGCCUGGAAUUGUCUAAAACAGAAUACUUUCAGUCCAACCGGAAAAGUUUUGCGGAAACAAGUCCGCAUUUGAAGCUGGACCAGUUGUCUGUUUUGGACCUGUCUUAACCCAUUUGCCCCUGAAUCACCCAUAGCUGCCCCUGCAGAUUCCACAUCCCUUCUACUGCCUGUGACAUCCUCAGUUUUAAUGGCCAAGGACAACUUUGUCUGCUAACUUGUGCAGGGUGAAGAGAUCUUUCAAACCAUACCAGAAUGAGCGUGAUUCAGUCAAGGAGACUGGAGAAAAAGGCAAAAAAAACCAUGUAACAUUGACCCAAAAAUUUCCAUGAAAAUCCUGUUUCACCCACCUACCUUUCCUUUCAUCUAAUUCCAAAAUCCUAAAAGCUUUCCCAAAAACUAUUCCCAGCAAAGUAAAGCUUAAUAAAUUCCCAGCAAAAGAGAAAAAAAAAUGGGGCAAGAAAAGACUCGUGAAUUUAUGAAGAGGAGAGGAAAACAAAUGCAAAGAAAAAGUAAAGACUGUUGUGUCAAUUUUCAACCCAAAAAAUUUUGCUUUCUGCGCAUGCUCAAACUUCGCAAGCUAACAUUUUGCAUCUGGAUCAGAAGGCCAGAAAGGCUAGGACCUGUAAACAGCUUUGUGGUAUAAGUUUUGCAUUAGCUCUUUAUACAUGUAGUCAGACAAUGACUAGAAAACUGCUCAACCAGCUUCCAAACGCAUUUUUUGGCAAAAUCCCCAGGAGUGAAUGGGUGAUCACAUGAACGGUGCCAUUCUAUAACUAUUUUUUAAAUUUUUGACCAUUCCCUUUAUAAAGACCAAAACUUUUGGAAAUUCAAAUUGAAAUUGAAAAUCAGUUUUUUUUUUGACAUUGUGUAGACAGCUCAUAAGGAACAUGGAGCAUAAGAUGAACAAUGCUUGAAAGGAGAACACAGCAAGGGAAGAGGGAAUGCUUGUUUGAUAGAAAAAGUUUUACUUUUAUUUUUAGGGUCCAUAUGAUGCUGUUAUUUUGCCUGGUGGAUUAGGAGGAUCUAACAACCUUGCUAAGGUAUUUAUAUUUUUUAAUUCUAAAUGAAAAUUUUGAGAGCUGAUGAGAGGCAAAGGCUUACUUUAAUUCUGUAUGAUUUACAGUCUGCGAAAGUUAAAGAGAUCGAUUCUCCAGGAACAAGAGCAAAGUGGAAGAAUAAUUGGAACAAUUUGUGCUGGUAAAGAAAAUUUACUGUGA